AUGGAUAAUUGUUUUGCCGCUUGCGGCUGUGACGGCAGCGAGACUAUUACUAAAUCUGAUUUAGAUCGUUUUACGGAUACUAUAGAAAAUGUUCUCAACGAUGAAAAAGGGAGAAGGUUUUUUAGAAACUUCAUGUACACAUCGAAGUUAAAAGCUGGACGUCGCGCCCUGGAUUUCUGGGAACACAACGAAAGAUUGCUUGGAUAUACAGAAAAUGCUGAAAAUGUAUCUUAUAGAAGUUACCUUAGAGACGUGGACCGUCUGAUAGACGAGGCAGACAGGAUUGACGACAUAGAUUUUGCCACGAUGGAACGGCUCACUAUUGCGCGAGACUCCGAAAACAAAGAAGAGAUUAUUGGAGCUUUGAAGUUAUUAAAGGUAGAAGCAACGAAAGCACUCAAAAGAGAAUAUAGCGCCUUUAGAAGACAUUAUGCUAAAUAA